AGCUUGCGCACAUGACAGCCUUUCCUCCUGCGCUGCAAACACGGAGUACGAUAAUCAGUAAACACCGAGCAAAAUGGAAGAAGAGACCAAAUCAAAUGCCAAAUGUAGUACAAAGGUCUCCAAAAAAGACUCGUUGGUAAUCUUUGGCUUGUCACUGGUUCUCUUUGCGUUGCUGAUUGUGAGGGUAGAGUUUGUAAAUAGGAGGGCUGAAGUGAUGGAAGCAAAGCUUGAAAAACGUAUUCAGCGAAUCGAGGACGAAAUGCAAGGGAAAGUGCAUAGUAUUCUGAAGGAGAUGUUACAGACAGAGUGGAACCCUACGAAACAAAGCUCAAGAAGUUCUGCAAACAAGGGUAAGUCUUAAACAACUGUUUUUGAAUACACAAGACGUAGCAAUUGCACUGAAGAACACUUUAUUAAACAGGGGCACCCAACAACAGAAUGCUUUUUAAUAUAAUAUAUAAGACGGUGUCUCAAAUGGUUUUCACCAUAAUUUUGGAGCUAAUUUAUGUUAAGUUAAUUUGGAGCUGCCCUAGAAACUAUUUAUCUUUUUGGAUGUCUUUGGAGAACUUUCGUUGUCUCGGAAGUCAGGUAAGUGGCUUUUUAGCUCAUGGAUGAUGUAGUCAUGCCAUGGGGUUUUGCAGGCACUCGAAUGGCACUCGAUCACUCACUCACUUACUCACUCACUGACUCGAUUCUCAUUAAUUUAUUCGUUAAAGUCGGAUUAAACACUUUACUUUUACCUCUCUUACUUAGUAUUACUUUUGUUUCAAGUGCCUUUUACGCAUAUGUUUGGCAUAUUCUAGGGUACUAGUAAUCUAGUAUUAAAGGCGUACAUUUUUUUUCCGACACAUCAUAGAGUAGCCAGCCUAGCCGAAGAUGGGUUUUGUGGAAAUGGAAAUAUCCUAAAGAACACUGACAAUAUCAUCGGCAAGAAAUGGACUUGGAGUUGUUAAAAGGACGUUGAAAUAAUUGAGCGGGCAUCAUUGUUGUAUAUUUGGACGAACUGUGCUCGGAGUGUGAAAGAGCUAUCGCAGACUGACGAUGGGAUUUCGCUCAGCGAAAAGCGAAUAAUAAGCCAAAGAGCCUUAGCUGCCGAAAAACGGUCCUCGAUUAAAGUGACGUUGAGGAGUAUCUAUUGUGGUUUCGUGUUAUUUGGACAAUUUUGCUUGAAUUCUGUAAAAAGGUGAUUCUAUUUAUCAGUGCCAUUAAUGUAAUUUCUACAGGAAAUGCUACGCUGGAAUGAACAGAUUUUUAGAAUACUCAACUACAGAAGCGCAACAGAAUACUUCGACUGCGUUAAAUUACAGCCUCGAGCUCAGUCCGUUUAUCAAAAUAAUUUUUAGCUAGUGUUUAGCAAAAGCGCUUCUAAAGCAGUUUAAUUCAGCCGUAAACGCCAAACGCAACGGAACGCCAUACGCCUGUAUUCUGUAUUUAAUAACUCGUAGUACAAUCAUAUACUAACCGUGACGUGCUCUAUGUGAACAGCAUAUGGAAACAUUUAUUUGAAAGCACUUAUAGGAAACCCUCGAGGUCCAUUAAAAUAAUUGCGUAAAACCACGAUUUAAAUAAAACUCGGCCUUAUGUAAAACUUUAAUAGGUAUUUUACAAGAAAGUGCACUAUCGUUCGGAAAUUGUUUGACGGUCACAUGAGAAAGCAAAUUAUUUUACAACUAACAAGCGUUAAAUUAAUAAGUUUAAAGUGAUCCUUGGGUUAAGCAGAAAUGCCACGCUGAUAACAAGUUUCUAGAAUAUUCAGGUGAACAUGCAAUCGGAUACUUCGACUGUGUCGGGUUUGAAUUCCUAAGGUUAGAAACAGCUUCGAGCAAGGAACGCAAGCUCCCUAGUCGUUGAUGGCAAGCGUUAAUGGAAAGCAUUGAUGGAUAAAGUUACCGAAGAAACGCUGACGAAAUGCGUAACACUAUAUGCCAAAAGCAGAUGCCAAAAACCAAAUGCUAAAUACUGUAUGCCAAAAAUAAAACCUGCCAAAAAUCAAAUGCUAAACAAAUGUAAACGUGAUCUAUCAAGUAUAUCAACACACAGGAAGUCAUGAAAUAUAAAAAGAAAAAAAAAGGAGAAAAGUGAAUACGGUUACGGUGACGAAACUGUUUAAAACACCUAAAUUUCAAAAUGGAAUGUUUUUUCUACACUAAUUCAAUUCAUCCAUGAGCUCGCUCCUAGGAGCCUUUGAUUCGUCUUAUCAGAAACUGUAGCUUAACUCUCAUGGGUUCGGUUUGAAGAUUAAGGAUAUGGAGAAGCCUUCAUUAGCAGAUUCUAGGGGACGUUUUGUCUUCAUACCGAAAUUUUCGUCAGACCUCUUUAAACAAUGAUCGCCAUAUUCUGGUAAUAAAAUGUGAAAAACUUAAUCUUCAAAAAUUGUAGGUAAGGUACUAGUAGAAAAACGUUCCGAAUAUGUUAAACGAGUGGAACGGUUAUCCAGAAGUUGUUAACCUUUUUCAAGCUUUAGAAAUUUGUUCGCAUCAUUUAUUCCUUCGAACAGUUAUUUUAAGUUCAGAAUAAAGUCGUUGGGCGCUCCUGACUUGAAGAUCAAGAAAGUCUGAAUUCGAAUGUCAUUUUAUUAUGAUCUCUAAUGUAUACAAAUACUUCGGUUCGUGCAAAGAUCACUUCAAUCCAUUUAUGGCGAAUUGACUCUCGUGUUUGUAUCAGUAUACAAUAACCACGCAUACUUCUAGAUGUAUGGCGGCUGGCUUAAGCUGGGUUAGGAUAGGUUUUAAAUGGAACAUUUCUCCUUAAGUUUUCAACUUGGAGUACGAUACGAUCACUAAGGUAUGUUUCCUAAAAGGAUUACUUUUUAUGCAUCGCGUUGAAUUGAAAACUAAUAUUUCCCGUCUCUGGUUUUAUGUGCCCACCCCGUUUGUUCCAAUUUUGAGCCAUUUUGGUUCUGUUUAAUUGAUAAUUAUAGCGUAAAACCUAAAUAUAUGUGACCUGUUUAAUAAAUAAGUGGCAAAUUACUGAAGUCAAGGUGCAGCAAAAUUCAGGACAACGCCACCCCUCCCCCCCUCCCUCAAAUUUCUGGUCCCUAUACCUAAAGUACGAUUCGACCAGACACAACUGUCGCCUUCCGUAUUAAAUAUACUUCCACAAAACGUACACUAAGCUGUUUACAGACUAAUAAUAAUAAUAACAUAUUUUUAUUAUCAACAGAGUUUCAAGAAACCCUAGAAAGUGUGUCAAGACAGCAUCUACGAGAAAGACGACAAAUAGCCCCGACCCCUGGUGCAUUAUCUUUAAAGCAAAUCCGCCAGGAAAUCGACAAGAAAUUUACACAAGCGUGCACCACAGCUGAUAAGCUCUGUCAAACAGGCCAAGAGGGACCUAAGGGAGAAAAAGGUGCCCCUGGGUACCCUGGAUACAAGGGAGAAAAAGGAGCCCCUGGGAAAACUGGCCCGCGUGGUAUUUUGGGCCCUAAAGGAACUAAAGGCAUCAGAGGAACACAAGGGCCUACGGGAGCGCAAGGAUUCAAGGGAGUAAAAGGUGAAGAGGGAGCAGUAGGCUCUCGUGGAGCAAAAGGAGACACUGGACUUAUGGGCCCACCAGGUUUCAGAGGAUCCAUUGGAAUAAAAGGAAGCAAAGGAAACAGAGGCUUUACUGGUAUUCAAGGACCAAAAGGAGAAUGCGUCGUUCCUCCCAAAAUAAUUGUUUCUCCAGACUCUCAGCAUGUGUUUCUGAACAAACCGGCAACUUUUUAUUGUUGGGUUCAAGGUCAUUUGUCUCAGAAAAUAACCUGGCGUAAGUUGAAAGGUAAUUCGCACCGUGACAUAAGUACAACAAAUGGUAUUCUGCAUAUCAGUAAUGUCCAAAGAUCACACACUGGAUCAUACUUAUGUACAGUCGUAACUAGUUAUGGAACAUUCCGAGCAGUGACCAUUUUAGGAGUAAAAGGUAAGACACUUUAUAGUAGUAUUGUCCAUUUUUUCUUUCUUUCUUUUUGUUCUCGUGCCUCUUUUACUUUUUUGUGAUUGCUUUUUAUGGUAUUUAAUUCGUCGUUGUACAACAAUGAAAAUUAUAACUGGCUUGUUCCCUUUCACAUGAAUGCAUAAACUCAAUUUUGUGUAAUAUACAUGUCCUGCCAAAAGCGAUUUCCUGUACAAAGCCAAGUCGCCUUUUUUAAAACAAAUUAUUUUCAGCUGACGAUUUUGAUACGUGAUACAUGACUGGGUGUAUGGGAAUUUAAAAAAUAUAUAUUUUGGCGUCUUUUAAUAUGGAGCAAUAUGUAUCGUAAUUAGUAUGCUACCAAGUAAUAAAGCCUAUGGGCUAUAUUCGUGUCCUAUUGAACUUUUUAAAAUGGUUAAAUAUAUUUUAAGUCAAAACCUUUAGCAAAUACUUUUAACCAAUCUAUCUCAUAUGGGAUUAAUCCAAACAAACUAAAACUUGCUGAAAUAAUUCCAGCUUAUAAAGCCAUGACGCAACAGGGGCGGGAAACUAUGGCCCAAUCUCACUUCUUUCUGUUUAUAAUAAAAUUUUUGAAAAAAUUAAUAUGUUCAUUAGACUAAGUGAAUUUAUCGACAAAUAUGGUAUCCUAUUUACUUCGCAAUACGGGUUUUGAACAAACAUAAUACCCAACCUGUACCCAACACGCAAUACUUGAUACCAUUAGCACCAUACAAUGUAACAUGAACCAAGGGAAUAACUCCUGCGGAAUCCUUAUAGGUCUUAAAAAAGCGUUUAAAACAGGGAAUCAUAGUAGGCUUUUAUCUAAGCUCUAUAAUUAUGGUAUCAAGGGUGUCGUGCACGACUGGUUUUAAUCGUGCACGACUGGUUUAAAUCAUGCCUUGAUGUGUUACUUCCGAUAUUAUCUACUACGAUAAACUUGUCGCUUGAAUCAGGACUUUUUCCUGACAUUUGGAAAGAGUCGAUUGUUACACCACUGCUAAAAAAACAAGGUCUUGACUUGGUUUUUAAAAACUUUCGACCGAUCAGCAAUCUUUCCUUUGUUUCAAAAUUGGCUGAAAGAGUGGCAGCUGAUCAGAUUCAGUCCUACUUAAAUGAGCAUGAUCUUUUUCCUUCAUUGCAAUCAGCCUAUCGACGGCACCAUAGCACAGAAACUGCCCUGCUUAAAGUCAAGAAUGACAUUCUGAUGAACAUGGAAAAUCAGAAGGUCACGUUGUUAGUGCUUCUUGAUUUAAGCGCCGCGUUUGACACCGUGGACCAUCGGAUUCUCUUAGAUCGCCUCCAGUUUGAUUUUGGAAUUCCAGGCUCUGCACUUAAUUGGAUUGAAUCGUACCUUUCUAACAGAACCCAGCGCAUCUAUAUAGACGGAGUUCUAUCGAGUAAUUUUAAUCUUAAAUGUGAAGUUCCACCAGGCAGCUGUCUCGGGCCAUUAUUGUUUUCCCUCUAUGCUAGCAAACUUUUUAAGAUCGUCGAAUCACAUCUUCCUAAUUCCCAUUGUUAUGCAGAUGACACGCAACUGUACAUCGCGUUUAGAUCAGGAAAUGAUUUGGAGGAGACCGCUGCUAUAACUACCAUGGAAUCAUGUAUUGCUGAUAUCAGUCAAUGGAUGCAUUCGGAUAAGUUAAAACUGAAUUCCGAUAAGACAGAAUGUCUUUCGAUUGGAACACGACAACAACUUCAGAAAGUCAGUAACAUUAGUACCUUAUCGGCUGGGGACUCCCAAAUUGCUCCAUCUUGUGAAGUUCGAAUCCUAGUAACCUGGUUUGAUUCUAAAAUGAGUAUGCUAAAGUCAUAUCAACAAAACUUGCUCAUCCGCUUUCUAUUAUCUUCAUAACAUGCGUAGAAUUAGGAAGUAUUUAAGUCGUUCAGUCACCGAAUCACUAGUUCAUGCUUUUAUCACCAGUAGAAUAGAUUAUUGUAACAGUCUACUAUAUGGCCUCCCGAAUUCACAUAUUAUGAAACUCCAACGGAUACAGAAUGCCGCGGCUCGGUUGGUCACCGGAACACCUAGAUUCUGCCAUGUUAAACCAUUGCUUUUCCACUUUCAUUGGCUUCCAAUAAGUUACGGUAUAAAGUUUAAGAUUCUACUUUUGACAUUUAAGUGCUUAUAUGGUCAAGCUCCUAAUUAUCUAAUUGAUUUCAUUACUAUCAAAAAGUAAUCCAGGUACUCUCUAAGGUCAAAUGAGUCUAUAUUCCUCGAGUUACCAGGCAUUAAGACCCAUGCAACUCUUGGCGAUCGUGCAUUCCAGUCAGCUGCACCUUGUCUCUGGAAUGCAUUACCUUCGGCAAUUCGCAACAUGAAGACAUUGGACACUUUUAAGACUGCUGUUAAAACUCAUUUUUUCUAUUUAGCUUUUAAAUAGAUUUUAUUGUUGGCUUUUAUAAUAGGUUUUUCUUGUCUUUAUUAUUAUUAUUAUUUUUAAUUAUAGUUUUUAAUACUUUUUAUUGUAGUUUUUAAUAGUUUCUCAUGCUUUAGUCACAUAACAUAAAUUUAACAUAACAUAAAUUUAACAUAAAUUUAAUAAAACAAUAUUGUAAAGCGCAACCGAAUAUAUUCAUAUAGAGGUUUGCGCUAUAUAAAUGUAAAUUAUUAUUAUUAUUAUUAUUAAACCGUAAACAAAGGAUCAUCAAGUCCGAUUGCAACAUUUGGUGGGAGGGAUUUGAUGAUUGCUAAAACUUCGCGUUAUGAAAUUGUUGGUAUGCUGAAUUCAGAGGAGUUGCCAGCUUAGGUACGAUUUACGAAAUCCAUCAAACUGGUUAGAUCGUGUUCAGUAUUGAUGGUGUUAUGAAGACUGUUAUCAGCAAUAGACAUGAAUAGAGAUAUUAAUAAUGCUCAUUGAAUAUAAUGGUUUUUUCUUCUGGGGUAGAAUAGCUGGUUCCGUCUUUGGUUACAGAUAUCGUCUGGAUCGUCCCGCUUCGCAUCAGCAUUGUUUCCAUUUCAUCGCCUCGUCUCACCUAAAAACAUUUUGAGACGACUCGGACUCGGACAAUCAAGACGAUCUGGAAGAUGGAAACCAGGAUUUACCGCGGACCUCAUCCCCCCAGAAAGGGACAGCAAAAUUCUGAGAUGAUGUUGUUGUCUUGCAGUGAUGGCAAAGAAAUGCAUUGAAAUUUACUGCACAUGCACGCAGUACUGUUGUUGUUUUGCUUUUGUUUUUAACGCGGUUUUCGUUGCCACUAAUCGCUGAGAACGUCAUUGAUAACAAAUCUUAAUGAACUGAAUCCUAACAUACUAGAAAUCCAGCUUUGGUCUAUUACGAGCCCGCUAAGAAGGAAACUUACUUUUUCUUUUGCUUAUCACAUAAAUGAUUGAUCUAACUUGCCACAAAUUUUACUGCAGCAUCUCCGAUAUUAACAAGAAAGCCUUCGCAUCACGUGUAUGCAGACGGAGGAUCCACCGUAAAGCUCUGUUGUGAAGCAGACGGUCACGUGGUGUGGUCAAGAUCAGGAGCAACUCUAACAUCGCUUCUAUAUUUCAUUCAGAAGGAUGGAUGCCUUACCAUUAGAAACGUGAAUAGAGAGAGGGCUGGGGAAUACACUUGCCGUGCAACCAACCAGUUUGGAAAAUCGGAGGCAACAUCUGAAGUAAUUUUGAGAGGACAAGUAAUUCUUUACGUUUUUUAUUUUCGUUAAUACAUAUAUUUUUUAUCGAUUUAUUUAUUUGUUGGUCACUCACACAACAUAACAUUAAAUCAGGGCUUCAGAUAUUUCGCGCGGUCGCGGAGCCGUGAUAUUCAAAAUACCGCGAAAUUCGGUGGAAAUCUGAUCAAAUACAUGUCUGUACAGCAAUUUUGAAACUUGUCUCAGCUACUGGGGGUAUUUACUUGCCGUAAGCUCGCAAAUUUAUGUCAAAACGUCGUCACUGAAACGUGCAAACAACGUUCCAAAACUACCAGGCGUAGAUUAUGUUGCGAAAAACUGGGCACUGGCCAUGAUGUUAAAGGCUUUUCCAUUGGUUCAGUUCUGGAGCGUAUUGUUGUUGGAGUCGUUGAAAGAGCAAAUGAUGAACUCUGUUAGAAAAACACUUAAAACGCUGGUCUGAUCAGCGCAAAACCGAUCUCGCCCCAUGUAAAGGAAUCCGGAUUCCGGAAUCCGGGAAAUUUUUGCAUUUGGAAUCCGGAAUCUUGGAAAUUUUUGCUUGUGGAAUCCGGAAUCCUGGGAUUUGGAAUCCGGAAUACAGGUGUAGGAAUCCGGAAUCCCACUAACAAUUCGAAUCCGGAAUCCAAGUUCCACUGAAAAAGAUCUGGAAUCCAGUAAAUGGAAUCCGGAAUCCACGGCGUGGAAUCCAGAAUCCAAGAGUGUCUUGGAUUCCCUUACAUGGGGCGACCGAUCGAUUUCCAGCGAAACUUGCCCUGAAAAUAACCACAAAAUCCGCCGUUUUUUUGCCGAUUGCUUUCCGGCCAAGUUUGCCCCGAAAAUUCCCGCGUUAUUCGUUCUGCAAGAAUACGACUUUUAUAACGGUGAACCUGAUCACUAGUUCAAAAGAGGCUACGAAAGCUAUUAGACAGAAAUUUAUGGUGAUAAGAAUCAAAACUAGAAAAGGCAGAAAACGAUAAAUAAGUGCUAAACAUAUUUAUGUCAAUGACUUCAAGUUUGCUAAAUAAAGCCGCAGUGUUUGCUAGAAGGUGAGCUUUUGCUAGAAGCCGCACCAUGGGCUUUUGCAAUAGGUAAAUACAGUUUUAGCCUGUGUUGCAGUCGGCCCACGCAUCGUUUCGACCAGUAGUAUACAGUUGGUUUAGACUGUCUGCGACGCAAGCCAAUUCUCGCGAACGGAGCGAGUUUAAAAUUUUGUCGAAAUUUACAUCGCGUGUUGAACACGCGUGAAACAGACUCUUCGCAGACGUUUUUACGGCUUUGUAGGUCGCGGGAUAUGCAUACCUUCAAACCCUAGUAAACCAUGCAAAUAUGGAGUGCUUGAAAAAAAAAUCACCCAAAAACCUGGAGAUUGGGACCUCAAACCAGGCCCCAGAUGUUCAAAAGCUGGAUAGGGCUAUCCACCGGAUAAAUCACUAUCCAGCGAGUAAGUAUUAGGGAAACCAAUUGGGCUAUCCAAUGGAUAAAGAUUUAUUCGGUGGAUAUAGCGCUAUCCAACUUUUCAACAACCAGGGCCUGGAUAUUUCGAAAAUAUGUGCCAAAUAAAACCAAAAAGGCAGAUUAUUUUUGUCGUGAUAUUCUUUACUCUAUUAGUGGUGUCGUCAUACUGUCUUGAUUCUCUACUAGUAGUAAUGAGAAGAUUCUGUUUUACUGAUAAGGGCUUUCCGUCAGACCUUAGCGAACCUAUGUUUUACGGGAAUGAGAUUGUAAUUGGACGCUGGCAUUCCCCCAAUUAACGCAAAAUUAGAUUGAUACAAUAUUUGCCCAUUAUGAAGAGGUUUUUUAAAAUAACGCGGCUUCUACCGAAAUUGUCUGGCAAUUUUAAGAUUUUCUAAUUCACCGUGAGAUUUGGAGGCUAAAUCGUGAGACCGUAAGUCGACUGCCCAAACCGUGAGAGUUGGAGGUCUGGAUAUGUUUGUCCGUCGAAAGUGUGUUUCAGUUUGGCUCAGGGCGGAUAAAGGUUGGGCGGUGAAACGAGCGCUCCGCUCUUCAUUUAAUGUGUGAUGCGGAGUAGGACUGGCACGAGCGCUCUUUCCGCGCUUCCGGUGUGCUUGAAGGCAGGCGAAAUUUUCCUUUUUGCAAACCGGAAAUCCUAUUUUCUUUCUGUAAUUUCAGGCUACAAUGUUAAAUAGAUAAAUUCGUUUCAUAACAAUAUCAAUAAACAGUUUCAUAUGUUUGUGACUGUACGUCUAUAGGUCAAACUUGUUGGUCGUAUAAUGCCAAAAUUUGAGUUUAAUUUGAAAGUGUUGAAUACCUCCUCCUUCCACUAAAUAUCACCUAAUCGUCUUUCACCGUUUCGUUUGUAAAAGCUUAACACUUCUUAACCUCAAUUUUUAAAUAUGUUAAAGGGGGAUAAAUUUUAUAUAACAUAACAAAAAAUUAGAUUGAUAUAUAUUGAUAUAGUGGCGUUGUACUUCUUCAAACUUUGCUUCUCGUUUGCAACGCGACAUGGCGAUUCGCGCAAUGCGUUGCAAAUCCGGCCACCGAAUGUAAACAAAAUUUAUUGAGGUUAGUUGUAAGGUUUUUUCUCCGUUUUUCUCUCUAAAACAAAACAAGGUAAACAGUAAAAACUGAGGGGACACUAAUUUUGAAGUUUCGAAGAAACAGAAAGACGUAUGAGAAGUUUUUUCAAAAUUAAAAAGAAGGAUGAUGGUGAUUGAAAUUAGCAUAAUUUCACCUUGCACGAGCUGCACGCAUUUAUAAAAUAUACGUCAUCUAGUUAUGAAACACGAUCUGCUGUCUUUUAGUUUUGCCAUGGAUGACAUGGAUGAGAUUUUCCUUUGUGCUUUAGACAGUACUCAGUUGUUUUUGUUUUGGAAUAACAUCGACAUUGGCGAGUAGCAGAACGAAAAUAUAAUUCAGUGGUAGAGUCAUGGAAGUAAUAAAAGAAACCCUUUGAAAGAGAUGUUUGUCUACUCCAACUAAACCUCCCGCAAAAAAUAGCAACAUUUGCCUCUCGGAGACAGCGUACCAGCACAAAGGAACGAGGAAGAAGUGCAAGAAAACAAAUCAAGGCGCCAUAAUUCAGUGACAGCGGCAGUGUCUUAUGUACAAACCACAUCGCAAGCCCCGACCGAAGUCGAAGACAAGCCACAUUUCUAAACAUAGUCCCAGUCCACUGCAUCACACCUUUUUGCUCGGACGCGCUCGUUUCACCGCCCUACCUUUAUCCGCCCUGGUUUGGCUUGUUACCGACAAGACCUCGCUUUUCCUGAAAUCUGUUCCUUUGAAUUAAUGUUACGCCGAGAUGUGCCCGAUGGGUUAAAGAGUCAUGAAUGAAACACACACACACACACUUUGUUAACAAUUGAGACAUUUACUAAGUUAAAUACGGAUUGUAUACCUUGGACGCUUAGUUAUUCUUGUUAAAAUAUUGACGCUAUAGUCUGGGAAAGGAUAAAAAAACUAUGAUUUGCCAUGUUUGAAAGUUCUGUAAAGAUCAAAAUUGUUUACCUAUUCUUUUUGCAUUUUACUUAUGAAUUGACCGUCAAUCAAAUCAGUGCUUGAAGGUUUAGUUUCUGACACCUCAUGUGUAUAUACUAAAGCGAUUAUUCUUUUUAACUUCGGAGAAUUCGAUAGAAUAUACGCUUUUUCAAAAAUUCUCGCGUCACCCCUCCUCGAAGUGGCAUGAAAAGAUUGAUGAUGUAAAGCGGUCAUUAUUUCUUUUCAAGUAUCAUCUAAAUCAUGAGAAACAUUAUUUUUGUAAUCGAAGUACCGAAAGAACCGAAACUCAUGAAGCCAGUUGUUUACUGGAAACUCACCUAAUCGACGGGCAAGCGGACUGGGCUUCAAAGAAAAGGUGCGAGAAACAGUGUUGCUACUGUUGAAAUGCGACCUAAUCAACUCAUUAUUGUUUCGCAAGCUUCCUGUAUAGGUUAUUCUUACCGCUUAUAAUUUCUCCAAACAAACCUCUUUAUCUAGAAGACAAGGAAAUAAAGAAUUUCUAGUAUAGUUUUAGGUUCCUUACGUUCUUGUUUUAAGUAAUAAUGAUUAAAAAAUCAAGCUAACACUCAAUGGCAAACUUUCAGGGCCUUGUGGAGUUCAAAAUCCAUCCUUCAAGGUACAUAUUUCUUUUUUUAUACUAACUAACUUUGUAUAGUGCUCUUCAAUAAUCUUCCUAAUUACUGUUGUUAUUUUAAUAUUAAGGCGCAAUGUUAAGUGAGAUGCGUGUUGUCCAGGUGGAGUUUUCAAGUCAUUGAAAAAUAAGGAAAACUGCUUCACUUGUUUUUCCCGAUUCAGGGAUACUACUGUCACUCGGGCUGGAUAUUGAUUGCUCGGUUCUCCAAUAACGACGGCAAAAACUGGAUGAUUGACAGUGGUGACUGGUGGUAUGACCGAGGAAAUGCUGCUGGAGCAACAACUGAUCCGUCAGUUAACGCUGACAUGAUCUCACCUGCAUUUUGGCUGCUGAAAGGCAGGAAGUUAAAAAUCACCCGCAGUGAUGACUCCAGUCACACGCCACUGUUGCAGACCACAGGGAACUGUUUGGGUGAAAAGACAUUCCGAUCAAAAAUAACAAGUUAUGGCGACUUUAGAAACGGCAAAGUUUGGUCCAGUGACAGGUGCCUGGGAAGCUGCUCGGUUCAAUAUGGCGGACAGUACAAGACAACACACGGGUUUCAACAGGCUGAGUGUAGUAGCAACAUCCAAAGUAGCAACAAGAUCGGCUUCUGGUGUGACUGGAGUGGCGGUGAUGGGUCGGUGAUGAUGAUUGGUGGAGGAGGAAAGGACUGUCAUCGUGCUGAUCACGGGAUUGGAAUAACAGAAGCAGGGACUGCUUCUUUUGUUGAUGCCGGUGGCAGUGAAAUUGAAUAUGACUUUGGAUAUGACGCUCAUAAGGGGAAUGCUCCAACCCAGUCCUACUCACUGAACUUGUGGAUCCGCUAA